AUGGAAUCUACUAAAAAGAAAUACGCAAGAUUCCGUUAUACUCAACAACAGUUAGAGGAGGCUCUUACCCGUAUAACAAAUAACGAUUUGUCUAUUAAUAAAGCCAGCAAAAUAUACGACAUACCCAAAUCAACGUUAAGUAAUAAAUUAAAUAAUAAAGUACCAUGGCAACGAAAAAUGGGUCCAUUAACACAACUAACUUUCGACGAAGAAAACAAGCUAGCAGACUGGAUUUUAACAAAAGCUAAACUUGGGUUUCCAAUGCACCCGGAAGAAGUUUAUGAUACUGUGGAAAUAUUCUUGAAACAAAAUGAGAGGGAGAAUAAAUUUACAAAAGGCCGACCGGGAAAAAAAUGGCUUACUUUGUUUUUGCGAAGACAUCCCGAAGUAACUAAAAGAAACGCUGAAAUAAUAUCAAAAGCUAGGGCAGCGGUUACAGAAGAGGCCAUCAGAAAUUGGUUUACUGAAUUGAACAAGUUUUUAGAGGAAGAAAAUGCCUUAGACAUUAAAGAUGACCCGACUCGUAUUUUCAAUUCAGAUGAAACUGGCGUCAUGACUUGUCUUAAAACGGGGCUGAUUUUGGGGCCCAAAAAUUAUAAAAAUACAUACGAAAUCGCAAGUGGGAAACAAAAAGAAUCAAUCACAGUCCUAUGUACAUUCUCUGCUGAUGGUACUGAUGUACCACCGUUUGUUUUGUAUCCAUAUAAAAGAAUGCCACCAGCCGUAAUUCAAAAUUUCCCAGAUACUUGUCUUCAUGACCAAAAAGAGGAUCUACGAAGUACGAUCAAGGUUAUAGAAGGUGAAGUUGGCCAGAUGAUAAGAAAUGAGUUUGUCAUGUCUUACAAUUUAAACCGUUCUCAUCCCCAUCAAUAUUUUGAGCUGUGGAAAAAAUGUAGAAAUCAACUUGAGAAUAAAAAACAGAGUGACACGAUAACACCGAAUACCCCGAUCAUUCCUCUUGAUCUGUCAGUAUCAUCUAUAGAAGCGUCUACUUCAAACGAGGACGAUUCCAAACUGGAAUCAAGCCAGGCACUGGAAAGGAAUAGUGUUCCCGAAAUCGUCGAGUCUGAAAUUACAAAUGUGGAAACUGAAGAAAUGCAUGCAACUAAUAGUUCAAUUAUAAUAGAUUCGGCAAUCCGACUGCCAUCGGAUAAUUCCAUAUUAUUGGGUGAGACUAGUAUUUUACCCAAUUUACCACCCUUUGAUACAACUGAAGAUGUCAUAGAUUUUAUUAUUCAGAAUGAAAUAGACAUACCUGAUGUGAUACCAUUGCCAUGGUAUGAUACUUUAGAAAUAAUAGUAGAAAAAGACCCCAUUAUUGACGCUCCUAAUAAAUGCUCUUCUCCUCAGAAUAACGCAUCAUCCAUACCAGCCAUUCCCAGUUGCAGCAAUAACACUAAUCAAGCAAAAAAUUCGCUUGAGUCCACAGUUGAUAGUCAGACUGCAAUAAAGUCUGUAAUAGAUCCCACUAAUAGUAUUAAUUCAUCGAAUGAUACAAAUCCAUCCAAUCCACUAGAAGGAUUUUUGAAAAUACCGGAUUUACCACAAAAGAAAUUUAAAGACGAUGAGAAAAAAAUUAAGGAGGAAGAAUUAGCGAAUAAAAGAAAGGAACGAGAAGAAAAAAGACUGAACAAACAAAAAUCUCAAAGCAAAAAACGUGUUCAACUGAAACGCCCAAAAAAUCCCCUUAAAAAGCAAGCUAAGAAAAUGAAAGUAGAACAUGAUGAUCACACACAACCUGCCGAAGAUUUUAUAACAACAGAUAAUUUAGAAGCAAGUGAAGAGACUGAAAUAGAAACUAGGAGAACUACUACGACUUGUACUGAAUUUAAGGACAAUUUAUUUGAUAGAUAUGUACUGGUUCAAUUUGAGAGUGGAAAGAGAAUGCGUCAUUUUGUAGGAAAAGUGAUAAUGGUAAAUGACAAUGAAAGAAAAUAUAAAGUAGAUUUUCUUAGAAAAAAAUCCGUUGUGUAA